AUGUGUCCAGCCAUUGUUGUGCACCAGGAGGAACCCAGGGCCCACUGCACCAAUACAGGGUCAGACAAUGGGUCUGAAGUUUUCAUCCUGAUGCCUAAGAGCAGUGAGGGUGCAGUUGUCUUGCCCGUAGAGGCUUGGAUACCUAACUCCAACUGUGACACCAUUCUCACCAACCGCUCCGAGCUCAUCUCCACACGAUUUACAGGGGCCACAGGCUGGGCUUUCCUCCUCAACAAGGUGGUCAACCUGCAGUACAGUGAGGUGCAGGACCACGUGAUGCUGACGGGGAGGCACAUGGUAUGUGACGUGAGCUGUAAGAACUGCAACAGCAAGCUGGGCUGGAUCUACGAAUUUGCCACAGAGGACAGCCAGCGCUACAAGGAGGGCCGUGUCAUCCUGGAGCGGGCGCUGGUGAGGGAGAGCAAGGGCUUCGAGGAGCACGUUCCCUCUGAUGCUUCCUGAGACGUUUACUAACACACA